UCUUCUUUCUCGAAAAUCCUGUGACCUGUAAAUCUUGAAACCCCCAACAGACACAAAUCUGUCAUAGCUAAAGUACCCUCAAUUCUUUCUUUAUUACGAUCGUGCCCCCCUUGGAUUUCUGUGGCGGUGCCGCCUUGGUUUUGGUACACAAACAAGCUGCUUUAAUCAAUUCUCUGAUUUUCCAAGUUGUCGGUCGCAUUGGCUGCCCCAAAUCUGAUAAUGGAUCUAUCUCACCAGGGAUCAUCACCGCAGAGCAAAGAUUUUAUCAACCUGAUGAACCACCCCCAGGAAGAAGAAGAAAAUCACAGUGGUGGUGGCCAUGGUGGAAAUGAGAAUGGGCUUAACAAGAAUGAUGAGAUUUUCCCUAGUUAUGAUUUUCAGCCAAUUCGCCCUAUUGCUGGAGGCGCACUGGGAGGAGGAGCUUCUUCUCACUCUCCAAAUUUCGAUGCUACACCCAAUAUUGGGGGAUCAACCAGGGCUUGGAGCUCAGGUGACUCCAAGCCCCAAACUGGUUCUCCUAUCAGAAAUUAUGGUUCUCUAGACUCCAUUGAACCAGCUAAAUUCAUUCUAGAGAAGGAUCAAAGUGCAUUUAAUUCAACAAUUGUGGCUGAGAUUGAUAAGACCAUGAAAAAACAUGCUGAUAAUUUGCUACAUGUUCUGGAUGGUGUUAGUGCUCGAUUGACACAAUUAGAGAGCAGAACUCGCCAUCUUGAGGAAUCCGUGGAUGAUUUGAAGAUUUCAGUUGGGAACAAUCAUGGAAAUACUGAUGGGAAGAUGAGGCAGUUGGAGAAUAUUCUUAGAGAGGUGCAAUCUGGGGUCUUCGUUUUAAAGGAUAAACAAGAAAUACUUGAGGCACAGCUACAGCUUGCGAAGCUACAAGUGUCCAAGGUAGAUCAGAAUUCAGAAGCCCAGAAUACGGUGCAUGUAGAUUCCAUGCAGCACGCCGCAUCUGCUCCUCAACAAUCUCACCAACAGCUUCAAACUCCUGUUAACCUUCCAUCAUCACAACCAACCUUCUCUCCUCCAAAUGCUCCUCCGUCACAACCUUCCUUCUCUCCUCCAAAUGCUCCUCCUCAGCCAAAUCCACAGCAGAACCUCCCACCCCAAGUUCAACAUCCAAAUCAAUUUCCUCAGAAUCAGAUCCCUCCCAUCCCCCAGCAUGAGCCUUAUUAUCCCCCGCCUGGUCAAGCUCAAGAACCUCCAAACCAGCAAUACCAAAUACCGCUUAGUCAGCAGCAACUACCCCCGCCUGCUGUACCACCACAUCAACAAUUUCAACCACAAUUCUCUCAGCCACCAACGCAACCGCCACAACAGCUCUCGUCUCUCCCACCCAUCAAUCCCUCUCAACUCCCUCCUACACUGAGCCAUCAUCAUUCUGAAGAGCCACCAUAUGUUCCUUCUCAAAACUACCCACCCAACCUUCGACAAGCACUCCCUCAGUCACCAAGUGGACCCCCUCCUCCAUCUCAACAAUUCUAUGUGCCACCCUCUCAUAUUUAUGAUUCACAAUCUAGUCGACCUAGUUCAGGAUUUCCAUCUGGAUAUGGCCCACCAUCCAGCCUAAACGAACCAUUUCACUACGGUGGUUCUCCCUCUCAAUAUGGAAAUCCUCCUGCGGUUAAACCUCAGCAACUCACUUCUACCUCAGCUCCAAGUGGUGGUAGUGGUUAUCCACAGCUGCCUACUGCUCGGGUUCUCCCUCAAGCCUUGCCUACUGCUUCUGGUGUUGGUGGCGGUUCAGGUUCUUCUGGGACUGGAAACAGGGUUCCUGUUGAUGAUGUGAUCGAUAAAGUUUCUACCAUGGGGUUCCCGAGAGACCAUGUGAGGGCGACUGUUAGAAGGCUCACAGAGAAUGGCCAGUCAGUUGACUUGAACAUUGUGCUGGAUAAGCUGAUGAAUGAGGGAGAAGGCCAGCCACCAAGAGGAGGUUGGUUUGGUCGGUAGUUUUGCCCACUGAUGUACAGAAGUAUCACUUAUUCCUGGAUCAACAUUGCUGAAAGAAAAAGAAAAAUGAAUCAUAAAAAAAACAAAAGAAUUUUUUUUUAUGGCUGCAACUCCAUUAUGCACCUGGUGUUUCUCUGAAGUUCUUUUACCCCUUUUGUUCAAUUCGGUUGUUUUGGCCAUUCUGGUUAGUCACCACUAGUGUUCAAUUCUCAUUUGUGUAUAUUCAAAAUAAUUUUUAAGUGGAUAAUUGAGUUUUCUGUUUGAAGUUUUA